GUAAAUUCUCUAACGCUAAAACAAAACAAAAUCAAAUCAAAAAACCUAAAAAAACCCCCAAUUUUCCGACCUGCAAUCUAACGAACCACAAUUUGAUUCAAGUUUUCAGCAAUCAAGCUAAUCGGUUUCAGUAACCUUAAGAAGCUUCAUCGGAACCACCACCACCAACGCCACCGCCACUAAGAAGCCUAAGUCGAAACCCUAGCUCCUCCACCGUUCGAUCGUACCGACGCAAGGUUCUGGCGAAUUGAGUUGUAUCUACUCAUCACUCCGUCGACGGAGGCACGGCAUUUAGCGACUUGAGUUGUAUUCCGGUCGAUGUUUGGAUGCAUCAGAGGUUUCUUGAACUAGGUUUAGUUUAGUAAUCCGAUCAGGUGAGCUAUAAGCCUUGGUGUUGCGAGGUCUCACAAUGACGUUAUCACCUUCACCAUCAACUGAAAAUCAGUGCUCUACUGUUGUCACCGGUGCUGCAAGUUUAUCGAAAACCGACGAUUUUUCUUCCGAGCAUGUUGACGACGAGAACGAGAACGAGAACGAUAACGAGGAGGAUGAGGAAGGGGAUAUGGAUUUCAAUCCUUUUCUGAAAGAAGCUCCUUCUCUAGAAGCUUCUUCUAGCCUGAGCUCCGAGAUCGAAGAGUUUGAAACCGAUGUCGUUGACAGUAGAGAAAAUCAUUCACCUUUGGUUAAUGUCGCAAAUGCCCCUGAUGAAUUGCAAGAUGACGGUAUUAGAAACGUUGAACCAAACAUUGCCACAAAUACAGUUACCGAUGAUGUUACUGUUGAACAAAUGGUUAAUGGUGAUAGUGAUGACGAGGAUGCCAUAUGGCGGCGAACUCGGGCUCGGUAUUCUCUUGUGGGGUCCACUCUCGAUGAACUCGAGACCUUUCUUCAAGAAACGGAUGACGAGGAUGACCUUCAUCAUAACAUUGACGAUGAAGAAGAAUACCGGAAGUUUCUCGCAGCGGUUUUAAAUAACGGAGAUGCAAGUUCCGGUGCAGCGCAAGAAAACGAUAAUCUCGAUGAAGAUGAAGAUAACGAUGCGGAUUUCGAGUUAGAACUCGAAGAGGCACUCGAGAGUGACGUUGACGAAAAUUUACAUAACGUAGCCCAAGAACGGGAACACGAGCGUGUUCGUAGGCGACCCGAAACACGGCAGAAAAAACGUCAAAAAACCGAUGUUCGACAACAUGAGUUUUCCGGUCAUAUGAAUCGACCGUUACGUCCUAUCUUACCGUAUGCACCGAUUUCUCCAAAUGCAUACAAUACCUGUAUGAUUCAGAGUACUUCAUCUGCGUGUAAUUAUCCCGUCUGUGCGUUCACGCCACAUCAGAUAGGCCAGUUACAUUGUUUGAUAUACGAGCAUGUACAGCUGCUCGUUCAGCUGUUUUCUCUUUCCAUUCUAGAUCCUUCUAGACAACAUGUUGCCACACAAGCUCACCAGUUGCUUUCCGAGAUGCUUCACAAACGCGAUCACAUACUUGCUUCUCAACGGGUACCGUAUCCUGGUUUUUGUUUUAGCUUGCCGUACAUUUGUUCAGCCGUAACAUCGGAGAACACCGCUAUCUCUACGGAUGGUUCGUUCUGGGUGCCUUUCGUCAGCGAUACCGUGCUAUCAGUUAUUGAUGUGGCCCCACUUAAUUUAGUUCAAAGCUAUCUGGACGAUAUUUCUAUCGCUGUUCAAGAGCAUCGGCAGAGACAGUUAGAAGCUACGUAUGACGCCAUGGUUGAACGGGAGUGUUUGUUUCCUUUCAAUGGUGUUCAUUCUUCGGCUGGUGUUUAUUCCGAUCCUACAAUGGUGUCUGAUAACGCUAGUGACCCAAAAUCGAAGAAGACGAUUGCUGCUGCACUUGUUGAAAGGUCUAAAAAUCAAUCGAUUGCUUUAGUUCCGAAAGACGUUGCGAAGUUGGCCUUGAGAUUCUUUCCGCUUUUCAAUCCAGCGCUAUUUCCACAUAAGCCGCCCCCUUCGUCUGUUGCUAAUCGCGUGCUUUUCACCGAUGCUGAAGAUGGGUUAUUAGCUCGAGGGUUAAUGAGGUAUAAUACCGACUGGAAGGAAAUUCAGAAAAAUUUUCUACCCUGCAAAACACCGCAUCAGAUCUUUGUGAGACAGAAAAACCGUGCAUGCUCUAGAGCACCCGAGAAUCCAAUAAAGGCAGUUCGAAGGCUUAAAACGUCACCGUUGACUCCUCAAGAGAAAGCUCUCAUAGAGGAGGGAUUAAAGAUAUACAAACUCGAUUGGAUGGCGGUAUGGAAGUACAUGGUCCCACACCGGGACCCGUCGAUGCUCCCUCGUCAAUGGCGCACAGCUGUCGGAAACCAGAAGUCAUACAAAGGAGACGAACAUACUAAGGCAAAGAGACGCUUAUACGAAUCACAACGAAGAAAGUCAAAACUCGAAGGUUCAAGAUUACAAGCAAAUGGUGUCGGUCAACAUAGUCAAGGCUGGUCAAACAAUGAUGAGGCUAAUCCGUUUCAUGGUGGCGAAGAAAAUAACAGUGGUGAUGAUGGUGGAAAUAACGAAGAUGAAGCAUAUGUCCAUGAGGCGUUUUUGGCUGAUUGGAGACCGGUUUCAUCCGGUAUUUCAAACACGGGCGAAAACCCGCAAGCUGAAUCGUUCACACAAAACGGAUUACCGAACGACACAAGGCUGGUGAAUCCUAAUAACAGUUCAUCUUACCCCGUUCCUGCUACGUUUUUGAGACCCGAAGUAAAUAUACCAUAUCGAGCUCGUCGAUCUAGUUGUUCUCGCGUAGUGAAACUAGCUCCCGACUUGCCACCGGUCAAUCUUCCACCUACGGUUCGUAUAAUGUCGCAGUCGGCGUUUUCGAAAUUCCAAGAUGAAGCUUCUAGUAAGGUGAGACAAAACGGCGUUUUAAGUCAACCGAGAGCUGGUCAACAAGACGAGAGAAGCUCGGUAAGAUGUGGUACGAGCGAUAAUAAUGCGGUUGAAAAGGGUGAUUCGGAUCUUCAAUUGCAUCCGUUAUUGUUCCAGGCUCACGAUGAUGCGAGUUUACCGUAUUACCCUUUGAACGGAAAUGCCAGUUCUUCUAGCUCCUUUGACUUCUUUCCCAAUAAUUCUCCGCAGUUAAAUCUUAACCUCUUUCGUUAUUCUAAUCAAGCGAAACAUACGCUAAAUUUCUUCAACAACUCGCUGAAAUCUAACGAGUUAAGUUCACCGUUGACCGGCGUUGACUUCCAUCCGCUUUUGCAAAGAAACGAUGACGGAAAUGGCCAGUUGAGUGACCCACCGUUGGAUUUAUCAACACCGAAUCCAACGGCUAUAAACGUUGUACCGCGUAGCCCUAACGAAUUGGAUUUGGAUAUCCGGUUAAGCUCUAUUGGCCGGAAAGAGAAUGGUACAAGUGGUCGUGAAUCUGGAGUCGCUGAACCACAGCCUAGUGGUUCGCACGAUUUAGCCAAGGAAAAUGGUAAUGAUCCGGAUUUCGGUCCAGGUUCGGGGGGUGGUGGACAUGAUGAAAUCGUGAUGGAACAAGAGGAGCUAAGUGACUCGGAGGAUGAUGACGUGGAAGAAAGUGUGGAGUUUGAGUGUGAGGAGAUGACGGAUAGUGAAGGAGAAGGCGGGUCGGAUUCUGAUCGUGUUGAAAACGUGCAAAAUGAGGAUGUGCAAGAUGAUUCUUUGCCAAAAGUUACGGUACAUGGAGACGACAGUGAUCAAGAUGAACCGAGAUGUCAAGAAACUGCUGGUUCUGAUGAACCUACAAGUUUGUUAGGUUUAAGGUUAAACGCUAAACUUCCGGUGACCAGAAGUUCUCAUGGCAGCAGAUCUUCUUCAAAGAAAACAGCAUUGCCACAUCAGCAGUUGGAUGCUGCAACACAGGCGAAGAAACCCAGAAAACGGGCACAAAAACUGGAUCUGCGGUGAAGUUAUGCGCGCAAUCUAGGUACAAAAAUACACAGGGACUAACAUUAUUACAGGUUAAAAUGUAAAGAAUGCUGAUUGAGAUUGGUUUUUUCGUAAAUAUGAAUUAAACUUUUGAAAGAAAAAAAAACUAUUUGAUUCUUGGUUUCAAGCCCAUUUUUGGAAUAACAAUUUGACAUACCAUCAUAUCUUAAAAAAAUAA